UAACCUAAUUAGCCAUUACAGAAUCUGAAUGCAACGCAAGCCCUAUAUUGUACAAGAACGGUGGCCCAGAUUUGCAGGAGCAGUAUAGAAGCACCGCUUUUUUCUCGCAUUGGCGCUGAGAUUCCGAAAAGGGAACUCUCACAAACGUAAACACAACUCAUCCCCCCUCUCUCUCUCUCCGUUUCACAUUAGAUCGAACUUUCCCCCCUUUUCCUCCAUCUUCGUCUUCCUCGCCCCCUCUUUCCCGUUUCCCGCGGAAAUUUCUAUGUCACUCACUACCACACCGUAAAUCCAAGUAACAGUUUUGCUUCAUUGGCGUAAAUCUGCAGCGGAGUUUGAGAGAGGCAAGUCCUUAGUGGUUAAAGGUAGUUGCACCUGGUGAAAUUUGAAAAGAUUUCUGUGGUUCAAACUACUGACAAGAUGGGAACUCAACAAUGUGAUUUGUCUGAAAAAACAGCAAAGAUCGGCGCUGAAUGUUUAGACAACGAACAGAGAGUACUUGGUAAUGAGGUAACUGAUUCUGUUAUUGAUGAAAAAACAGCUCAUGUUGGUUCUGAGGGUUUAGACGACGAACGCAGAGUACUUGGUACUGUGGCAACCAAUUCUGUAACUGAUGAAGAAACAGCUAAGAUCGGCUCUGAAUGUUUAAACAACGAACAGAGAGUGCUUGGUACUGUGGCAACCAAUUCUGUUAUUGAUGAAAAAUCAAAUCAAGUUUUGGGGAAUGUGACUGAGAACUCUGUUAGUCAACUGCCUGUACCCUCUGAACAAGUCCCUGUUUGCUUAUCUGAUGAUAAAUUGGAAAACAAAUGUCUUCAAGAUGUUCAAAAUAAACAUGGGGAAACGAGUGAUGCAGUUGCUUCCGUUGUUGUUGAAGAACCAACACAAUCCGUUCUUGCACAAGUGAACUCGGAUUCUGCGAAUAAGCCAUCUGAUCCACCUUCUGGAGAUGGCGUGAAAGAUACUAGCCUUCCAAAUGAGCCUAGUGAAAUGAGUGAUGCAGUAACUUCCCUUGUUGUUGAAGAACAAACACAACCUGUUCCUGCUCAAGUGAACUCGGAAUCUGCGAAUAAGCCGUCAGAUUCACCUUCUGGAGAUGGUGUGGAAGAUAUUAGUCUUCCAAAUGAGCAUGGUGAAAUGAGUGAUGCAGUAACUUCCCUUGUUGUUGAAGAACAAACACAACCCGUUCCUGCUCAAGUCAACUCGGAUUCUGCGAAUGAGCCAUCAGAUCCACCUUCUGGAGAUGGUGUGAAAGAUAUUAGUCUUCCAAAUGAGCCCGGUAAAAUGAGUGAUGCAGUAACUUCCCUUGUUGUUGAAGAACAAACACAACCCAUUCCUGCUCAAGUGAACACACAUUCUGUGAAUAAGCCAUCGGAUCCACCUUCUGGAGAUGGUGUGAAAGAUAUUAGUCUUCCAAAUGAGCCUGGUGAAAUGAGUGAUACAGUAACUUCCCUUGUUAUUGAAGAACUAACACAACCCGUUCCUGCUCAAGUGAACACACAUUCUGCGAAUAAGCCAUCGGAUCCACCUUCUGGAGAUGGCGUGAAAGAUAUUAGUCUUCCAAAUGAGCCUGGUGAAACAAGCAACGCAGUAGCCGGCCUUGUUGAAGACCACACACAAUCCAUUCCUGCUCAAGUGAAUACAGAUUCUUUGAACGAGCUACGGGAUCCACCUUCUGGAGAUGGUGCUAAAAAUGUUAGCUCUGAUUGUUCAGAAAGAAAGUCUAAAAGCUUAGCUCGUUCAAGUUCGAGACAAGGGGGUAAAAGUAACUCAAAAUUACCGAAGAAGUAUAUAUUGAGGUCGUUGGGAAGCAGUGACAGGGCUCUGCGGCCAAGAGAUAAUAAACCUAAAGCUCCUGAACCAAUUAAUAAUGUUGCUGAUGUUAACAGUGAUGAAACAAAGACAAAAAAAGAGAAGAAGAAAAAGAAAAAGCCAAGAAAAGAGGGAAUUAAUGAUCAAUUUUCUAGAAUCAGAGCUCAAUUGAGAUACUAUUUAAACCGAAUGGGAUACGAACAGAACUUGAUCGAUGCUUAUUCUGGUGAGGGCUGGAAAGGAGGCAGUUUGGAAAAAUUAAAGCCCGAGAAGGAGAUUCAACGGGCUAAGUCUGAAAUUCUUCGACGUAAAUUAAAAAUUAGGGAUCUAUUUCAAAAUUUGGAUUCAUUGUGUGCUGAAGGAAAGCUUCCUGAAUCAUUGUUUGAUUCCGAGGGAGAGAUUGAUAGUGAGGAUAUAUUCUGUGCAAAAUGCCAGACCAAAGUGUUGGGCACUAAUAAUGAUAUAAUUCUUUGUGAUGGUGCUUGUGACCGUGGAUAUCACCAGCUCUGUUUGGAUCCUCCAUUGUUAACUGAAGACAUUCCACCUGGCGACGAGGGUUGGUUAUGCCCAGGAUGUGAUUGCAAAGAUGACUGCAUCGAUAUUGUUAAUGACUUGUUAGGGACAAGUCUCUCUCUUACUGACACUUGGGAGAGGGUUUUUCCUGAAGCAGCUACAGCUGCUGGAAGUAUCUUGGAUAAUAACUUGGGACUUCCUUCAGACGAUUCUGAUGAUGAUGAUUAUAAUCCUAAUGGUCCAGAGGAUGUGGAGGUUAAAGGAGGUGAAUCUAGUUCUGACGAAUCUGAGUAUGCUUCUGCUUCUGAGAAUUUGGAGGAGACGCAUCACGAGGAUCAAUACAUGGGUCUUCCUUCUGAAGAUUCAGAAGAUGAUGAUUAUGAUCCUGAUGCUCCAAAUCUCGAUGUUAAAGCCACUGAGGAAAGUUCAAGCUCUGAUUUCACAUCUGACUCUGAGGAUCUUGCUGCUACAAUUAAGGAUAACAUGUCUGUUGAACAAGAUGGCGGCGUCACAUCUGCAUCCUUGGAUAGUGUUAAGAACAAAGGUUCUAAUAAACAAAAUCGCAAGAAGCCAUCUAUAGCUGAAGAACUGUCAUCUUUGGUAGAGCCAGAUCUCGGUGAAGAAGAUUUCACUCCGGUUUCUGGGAAAAGAAAUGUGGAAAGGUUGGACUACCAAAAGCUGUAUGAAGAGGCAUACCAUAGUGCCACUAGUGAGGAUGAAGAUUGGGCUGCUACCGCUACUCGAAGUAGAAAAAAAAAACUAACUGGCCAAAUUACUCCAGUGUCACCAAAUGGAAGUGCCUCAAAUAAUUCCAAACGUUCUGCUAAGAGGAACACCCAUCGGCAUAAAGUUGAUAACACAAAUAAUUCUCCCACCAAAACACUUGAAGGAUGCACGGAAUCUGGUUCCAGGGGUAAAAAGCGCGGAUCUCCGCACAAAAAACUUGGAGAAGCUGCUGUUCAGAGGCUUUACAAAUCUUUCAAAGAAAAUCAAUAUCCAGAACGAGCCACAAAAGAAAGCUUGGCGCAAGAAAUUGGACUCACAUUUCAUCAAGUUGACAAAUGGUUUGGAAAUUCUCGAUGGAGCUUCCGACAUUCAACACAUAUGAAAGCAAGUCCAGGUAGUAAUGCUUCGCAUCAGGCCACUGACAGCAAAGCUAAAAAGAAAGGAGAGAUGGGUAAUGCUUCGCAGCAGGUCACUGACAAUGGAGCAGAAAAUAAAGGAGAGAAGGAACGUGGAUUAGUUUCCCAGGAGACUAUUGGAGAAAAAUCAAGAACCCCGAGAUCUAAGAAAAGGAAGCAGCAGGACACUGACAGUGGAGCUGAAAAGAAAGGAGAGAUGGGUAAUGCUUCACAGCAGGUCACUGACAAUGGAGCCGAAAAUAAAGGAGAAAAGGAACGUGAAUUAGUUUCCCAGGAGACUAUUGGAGAAAAAUCAAGAAUCCUGCGUUCUAAGAAAAGGAAGCAGCAGGCCACUGACAGCGGAGCUGAAAAGAAAGGAAAGAUGGGUAAUGCUUCACAGCAGGUUACUGACAAUGGAGCAGAAAAUAAAGAAGAGAAGGAACCUGUAUUAGUUUUACAGAAGACUAUUGGAGAUAAAUCAAGAACCCCAGCGUCUAGGAAAAGGAAGCAAUUGUCUGAGCCGCACGCAUCUGAAGCAGUGUUGGCCCCUAACGACCCAACCCCACCGAAAGUUGAAACAGGCAAGAAAACGAAGAAAAAGAAAGGGAAAUGAUACAUAUUGCCGAAGAAAAAGAAAGGGAAAUGAUACAUAUUGCCUUUUUUCCUAAGGCAGAAAGAUUAGCAUCCAUCCUUUUGUGCGAUUGAGAUUCUCAGAUGAUCAGCUUGGAUAUGGGAUGUUUCUGUUCCGGGAGAUAAUCUCUCAUUUGUAUUAGUUUGUAUUUUAAGAAAUAGCUAUUCAGGUAUUCAUGUCAAGUGACUUGGUUUUAGAGUUCCCUCAUGCAAACCUUAAAAAUAGUUGUAAGUUAUCAGUUUUUGAUGUAUUUUUUGUUUUCAUUCA